AUGGCUGACAUCGUAGCUUCAUGGGAAGUGCCGCUCGUAGGUCAGGCAUACAGGGUAGAAUUCGAACAUGGAAGCGCGACUGGUAAACGGGUCGUGUUCGUGAACGGUGCCGAGGUGCUUCGUAAGGAUUGGCUCUUCAAACUCGUGGGCGAGGAGACAUUCGAGAUUCUGAAUCACAAAUGCAUCAUAUCCAUCAAGGCUGUCGGAGGUUUUAGGUAUUCGUACCGAUUGUUUGUGGACGGUAGGGAGAUUGAGUCGUUCCGCGAACGGCAAUCGAAAAUACUCAAAACCUGGAUUUACGUGGAUCAUCCCGAAGCACAGCCGACGCGUGUGACUCUCGAAAGAGAUACCAUGGACGUUUACGUCAAUGGCGAGAAGGUCGAAUCAGUCGCGGAAUUCGUCAGCGAAGGAACAGAAACCCAUUUCCAGAUCGGGAAUCGGAUGGGAGUCAUCACUGGUGCGAGCAGCGGGAGCAGACACGAAGGUAUAAUUCAUAAUUUGCUCAUUGAUGGUCAUCUGGUGCCCGAAGCUCCCGAGGAAGCAGCCCCGGAGAAUGUCGCCAUUAUGGAGGACCCUUGA